AUGCCCUCAUCGGGCACUGUUCUUGAGUCUUCAAGUGUAUCAAUGAGAUCUAUGGAUAUGAGUCAAACAGUAAGACACGGAUCAUCAGGAACUCCAACAAAUUAUUCAACUAUACCAGAUGAUCGUGAAAUUUUCAAAGCAUUACAUGAUUGUAUGAAAGAUGUAGGAAAAUUUCGACAAUAUACUUAUUAUCUUGGUACAUCAUGUGAUACAACAAAAUUACGAAAUAAAGUUCAAAAAUUAAAAGAACGUAUUAAUCGUAGUUUUUAUCAUCAACGAGAACUUAUAGGAAAUGGAGCAUCAUCAACAGGAUCAAUCAAAAGUGAAUUAGCUAUUCGUCGUUUUGACAAAUGUUUAUGUUUUACAUUAGCUGCACUUAAUUAUUAUGAAGAUUUACUUCAUAAAUUUUCUAUUCUACUUGUUUAUUUUCCCAUAGCUACUGGAGAUCGUACCAAUGUUGUUAAUUUGGGUUUUGAAGAUUCAACUAUAAAUGCUGAUGAAUUUUCAUAUGAAAAUCAUGAAAAUGAAGAAAAUGAAACAAAUCGUUACAUUGAAUUAUUGAAUGAAAUUCAAGGUGUUCAAACACUACGUGAAGAAAUCGAACAAAUUGAUAUUUAUCAAUCACGACAUCAUGCAACAUCUUAUUCAAAAGAUUUUGUUGAAAAUAUGCAUAAAUAUACAACAGAUUUAAUAACUGAAAAUACUAUUAGAAGGCCUAAAAGACGACAUCGUUUAACACGUUGUUAUUAUCUAAAUGAAGACUCUUCAUCAUCCGUAUGUUAA